GCAGCCCUGCCGUUUCCAUGGGAACACACGCACACGCGGGCGCAGCGGCGGUUGCGGCCGUUGGCCCCGCGCUCGCCGGCGCCCCCCAGCCAUGCCCCGGCGGCGGCGGGGCGGGAGCGCCGCGCUGCGGCGGCAGCAGGAGCGGGCGCUGAGCAGCACCAUGCGCGUCGUGCGGGAGCUGGGCCCCACCGCGUUCCUGCUGCAGGAGGACGGCCAGGAGGGCGCGCCGCUGCGGGUGUUCCUGGGGGAGCCUCACUCCUGCACCUGCGCCGCCUUCCUGAAGGAGAAGGCCCUCUGCAAGCACAUCUGCUGGAUAUUGCUGAAAAAGUACCGAUUACCAAGAGAUCAUGAAUAUGCUUUUAAGCUGGGUCUUCUGGAAAGAGAAAUUGAGGAUGUGCUUCAGCGAUUACAACAGGAACAGACACUAAAUCCUGAGAAAACCCUCUUCUCACAGGCAUUACAUGAGGAGAAUGAUAGAUGCAUUCAUCAGAAAGAAAUUGGUAUAGAGGAUGUCUGUCCCAUUUGUCAGGAGGAGUUGCUAAAGAUGAUGCUUCCCAUCACUUACUGCAGAUACAGCUGUGGUAACAAUGUACACAUAAAAUGUAUGAAAAUUUGGGCUGACCACCAAGAUGAACUGGGGACUGACUCUGUAGUAAAGUGUCCACUCUGCCGGGAAGAAUUUGCACCUCUAAAGCUCAUUCUAGAAGAAUUUAGAAACUCUAGUCAACUUGUGACUGCAACAGAGAGAGCAAGACUGGACAGGCACCUUGGAAUUCCUUGUAAUAAUUGCAGAGUAUUUCCAAUUGUGGGAAGGUGCUACAAGUGCACUGAGUGUAUUGAGUAUCACCUAUGUCAUGAAUGUUUCAUUGGCUUUCACCAUUCUCCACAUGUUUUUGUCUUCAGAAAGAAGAGAAAUAAGAGUUGGAGAUCUCUUGAACAGCUUUCAGAAUUAUCAGCCCAAGGAGGAAAAUUUAAAAGCUUUAACCCAGGAAAUAAUUCUAAAGAAGCAGUAUUACAUCUUCAGAAGACUAGUUGUACCCCAAAAAGUAUUGUAAAAUCUUUACCCAGCAUUCGAGUUAGAAAACAUAGUCAUUUACUUGCUCCAGGUAUUCAGUGUAGAUGCUGCUUGAAGCCCUUUCACCUUGGUCAACAUGUAAGACUCCUACCAUGUAAUCAUAAGUUUCAUAGGGAAUGUAUUGACAGUUGGCUACUGCACCAAAGAAACACAUGUCCUAUUGAUGAGUAUGUUGUAUACAAUCCUCUGAUUUGGAAGGAUACGCCAGCCAAACAUGAAAUCUGCCCAACAGGUUCUCAUAGAAAUGUUAGUAAACAUGCAAAGCAAGUGGAACCAGAAAUUUUUGUAUCUGGAAAUGGAUCAUUUCUCAAGCAAACAUUAUCUGGACAUACAUCAGAAAGUUCUCAAAGUAGCUUCAAAAAACUUUGUAACAAAGAUGUGCCAGACUCUCUAAGCUCUUUUGAGACAUCAUUUUCCAGGAAGUCUGAUACCAUUAGACCUAGAAAGGAUUAUGUUCAUAAUGCUGAGAGAAGCCCAUACCAGUUUGACCGUAGCAACAAGAACAAAAUAGAUCCUUUUAAAAAAGAUAUGGACUGUGAUAAUUCCAUGAUUCUAAGAUAUCCUAGGGAACUGAAUUUUGAAAUCAAUCUGGGUGCAGCAAGCCAUUCCUCAAAAAGAGACAAUAAGGAUAUGAGAAAUGCCAACCAUCAAAGCAGGCUUUUAACAAGACUACCUAAACAUAAUCAUCUGAACAGUAAAACAGCAAAAAUAAAUUUAUUAUUGGAGGGAAUUCCACUGCAUACUAGCUCAUGAUUAUCUUGUUUUAGAUGACACAGCUAUAUGUUUACUUUCCUACUAUAGAGAAGAGGAAACAAGUUAAUAAAUGAAUAAUCAGAUGUCAUGAACCGUAGCUACUAGAAAAAUUAAGUCGGUGCUAUGGGAAACGUUCAGACUAAAUCUGCUCAAAUAAACACAGGAACUGAUAUGGCUGGUGUAGAUGUGUCUCAAAAAAAAAAGUCAUACACCUGUAAAAUUGACACUAUUUCUUAUUUUUAAUUUUUAACCUUCAAUCAAAGAACUUAUUCUAUAAAGAAAUAUAAAAUGCAAAAAGCUUUUAUAUUCUUGAAAGACCAAUUAGAUAAAGUAUCUUAUUACAACUCUGAAUAAAUGAAGCUAAACUGAUAUUAACAUUGCCAAAAUAGUGGUAUCAAAUCUGCUGUUUUCAAUGAGUAAUAACAAAAAGCAAACUAACACAGAAAAGAAGUUACUUAUACUCUCAGAUAAACUGUACAAGACGUACUAGGGUUUAAUGAUAGCUAAUGCUCAAAAGAGGAGCUAAGCUUCCAAAUGUUAAACAGGAAACUCAAACUUAGGCAUUUUCAGUUGCAUAUACAUAUGUCCAAGCCAAAGAAUUACCAAGCCUAAAAAUUAUUUCUCAAAUGGCAAUAUAAUAAAUUUAGCUUUAUAGUUUUAUCAUAUUAUACUUAUUCCUGAUAAGUAUAAUAAAGAUUAAAACUUAUUAUUACUUACGAAAGUAAUAAUCCCAGACCCAUGUUUGGCUGCCCUAAUCAAGAAAGAGGAAUCCGAUUUAAUGUGAAUAUAGAUGUCUUUCUUCAGUAGAAAUGGAACAGACACUGUGACCAAAUUAAGAACUGAUAAAUUUUUGAGGAUGAGGACAGUAACAUUCUUUCAUCAUUGGAAUGAUGGCAAUCGGAGCAAUAUAUAUUUUUAGUGGUAUUUAGCAAAUAAAGUAUGUAGUGAGAUAGGUACGUUCCUGGACAAUGUAUUACUUCAAGGACAUUUAAAUAAAAAUUAAAACAUUGGUAACUUUUUAAAACUAUUUAUUAUAUUGCAUAAGCUGUAACAUUUUACAAAUCUUAGUUACAUUUUCAGCAACAGAUACAUUGAUACUGUAGUAAAUACAUUGAGAAAUGAAGACACCUCUGACAAAAUAUAAAAAGAUAGAAAUACUUUAAAAAAAUGGUGGAUAUUAAGCAUCUUCCAAAUGAGCAAUAUCUGUAUUGGAGUGUUUCGGGAAAUGAUUGCCAAAGAAAUGAAGUGCUUGUUUGAAUGUAUGGCUCCAACAUGCAAGGUGGUGAGCACAGCCAGCGCUAUCAGCUCAUCUAUGCUUCAGCACCUCAGAGUUGGGUUUUAAUGAGCUUCAUGCUCUAAGGAGCACUAAAAAGUGCCUUUCUACACCAUACCAGGAUGUUGUGAAAAUAUUUGCUUACUGUUGUAAUACAGACUGAAGUGCAACAUGUGCUUCAAAUGAAUUAAAUCCGUUAAAAUGAGGAAUAACGUACCAGUGUAUUUGGGGAGGGAGAGUAUACAAAUGUUCAAAGAAUCUUAACAAUUAACUGAGAAAAAUUUCAUUUGGUAAAAUAAUUUUAAGCCGAGAGUGUUAAUGUUAAGAAUUAUGACAACUUUGCUCUGCCAGGCUUACAAAUAAAUGGCUUCAAACAUUUUUUUAACAGAAAACAUUGAAUAUUGCUUUUAAAAGAAAAUGAAGCUCAGAUUAAAGUCACUUGAAAAAACCUCAUACUUUUCAUUUUUAUUCUUUAGCAAAAAUAUGCAUGCCUGUUGUUAGAAGCAUAGUACAAACCAGUAUGAGCUACUAUAAAAGAAUAGUCAUUUUUAACUCUGUAGGCCUAGCAUUGUGUUUUGCCUAUGUAUAAUUUCAGUGAAUCAACAACAACAAAAAAAUCUGUAGAUGCUUGGCUUAUGUAAACAAUGCAGGUUAGGCCCCAAAAUGAAAUACAAAUUGGUUCUAGGACUGUAACAAGAAUUGAGUACCUAAUUCCAUAUGCUCUCUGCUUCUACUGGCCAGGAAGGUUAGGACCUGAAAAAGGAUUUUUAUCAAACAAAUAACUUGCAUAUAAAAAAGUAUAUUAAUUUUGUUUUUGAAGUUAAAAUCUCAGUCAGUUUCAUACCUGUAAAUCGAGUGAUUUCAAGAUGCUUACUCUUAAAUUGAAUCAAAUCCUGCACAUGCAUUUUUAAAAGAUACAACUCUUUAGAUUACUAAAGAUAUACUUUUCCCCCCCUUUUCAAACAUAAAAUAUAAAAAAGAUAGGGAUUACAACUGUUAUCAUCAUCAACAUGCAAGAGUCAGUAUUCCAACAUAAAAACACUAGCUCUGGUUUUUACAAUAUUAUAAAAGCUACAUAAUUUUAAGUAUGAAUUGGGGCUUUUUGGCUAACAGAAAAAAAUAUAUACGUGUGCUUUUCAGAUAGUCAGGUGUCCCACUGAUAAAAUAAGUCUGAUGAAAGAGAAAGGCACUUCAGCAGGCUUACUGUCAUAUUUUCUAUAUAUGCAACAUUUCAUUUGCAGUAGCAGACAGUGGACAUUAUGUACUUCAUUUUAGUUUGCACACUGCUACAUUAGUAAUACUAUUAACCUACUUCACUUUUUAACUCAUGAGAACAGUUUAGACUGGUGUCCAUUCAUUUCAUCCGCUUUGGUACAAAUUACUGGACAAAAGCAAAGCAAACAACUAAAUGUUUUCAUUCCUACACCCUGGAUUAUUUUCUGUGUCAGCUUUUCUAGGUCUGCAUUGGUAAAUUGUAUCUCUAACCAUCAAAUCCAGUUGUGCUUUCAGGUUUGUAUGAUACCAAACAUAGGGUUCUCCAUUACUUUCUGAUAGUACUAUAUAGAUUUUUCUUUUCAGUCAAAUAGAUUUUUUGAAGUUAUUGUCUUUUUUGAAUUCUGUAAUACCUGGCAUUUGAUAACAAUCUUUAAACUACUUCCAAUGAGCUUAUUCUAGGGAACCUAACAAGCUUAAUGUGCGUGAAGCUGCAUGUUAUUUAAUUUGAUCACUUCCCUUGAUUUAUGAUACACUAAAGAACUGACCUGAGCUACAUAGCUAUUUUGCAUAAACAGGACUUGGCUAAAUCCAUCUGCCACCUUAUCAAAACCAGGAAAGACCUGGAAUCAGUAAUGCACUUGGGCAAGAAGAGAAGAAUCUCAACAUUGUGUAUUGUAACAACAGGGGGGAAAGCAUCCUCAAGUUUAUUAACCACCUUUCAUCUUAAAUGUGAGACAAAAUUUGGUCUUGAGUGUUCUGUAAAUACUUUAUACAUGUACGCACAGUUCCAAGUAAAAGGUGACUUUUUUCAGGAGAUUAUGGUGCAAAAAGCAUCUUAUGAAGAAUCAAGACAAAAUGCUCACAAAUGUUUGUAUUCUUUAAAAAGAAUCAAUUCCAUUGAAGCACAAGUACCAGUUUGAAAACAAGUAUCAGAAAGAAGCUGUACCCUUUCCAUUCCUCCCCACCUCCAUCCCUCUCUCCUUAGAAAGGGUUUCGUUCAGUUGCCGCAGUCAUGGCCCACUUCUGCUCUUAUUCUCAAGGCAAUCAACCUCCAGAUUCAAAGACAUGGAAACCUCUGAGUGUUUCCAUGGUCUUUCCAGGAGCAGUUUGUCAUGAAUCUGUACUACUACUUCUUGUAUAGACAUAAUUUUAGUGCUGACAUUUUAGCCCUGUGUUAGUGUUGAAACACUGAGACAGCAGAAAAAAAAUCUGUUCUUUGAUUUCCUAUAGAUUCUUAUAUAGAAAUCAUACAGAUUCUAUAUAUAGAAAUACAGACAAGCACUAGUGUGACCACAAACAGAAAUUUUGUGAUGAUGUUUUAUCUUUUCUACCUAUGUACAUCAUGUAUGGUAUCUCUGGAAUUAAAGUUUUUAGAACACA